AUUUCCGGUGGGGAAGGCCCGCGGCUGCCGCCGCCAUUUCGGGCGCUGCUGUGAAGCUGAAACCGGAGCCGGUCCGCUGGGCGGCGGGCGCCGGGGGCCGGAGGGGCGCGCGCGGCGGCGGCACCCCAGCGUUUAGGCGCGGAGGCAGCCAUGGCGGGCAACUUCGACUCGGAGGAGCGGAGUAGCUGGUACUGGGGGCGGCUGAGUCGGCAGGAGGCGGUGGCGCUGCUGCAGGGCCAGCGGCACGGGGUGUUCCUGGUGCGGGACUCGAGCACCAGCCCCGGGGACUAUGUGCUCAGCGUCUCAGAGAACUCGCGCGUCUCCCACUACAUCAUCAACAGCAGCGGCCCGCGCCCGCCGGUGCCACCGUCGCCCGCCCAGCCUCCGCCCGGGGUGAGCCCCUCCAGACUCCGAAUAGGAGAUCAAGAGUUUGAUUCAUUGCCUGCUUUACUGGAAUUCUACAAAAUACACUAUUUGGACACUACAACGUUGAUAGAACCAGUUUCCAGAUCCAGGCAGGGUAGUGGAGUGACUCUCAGGCAGGAGGAGGCAGAGUAUGUGCGGGCCCUCUUUGACUUUAAUGGGAAUGAUGAGGAAGAUCUUCCCUUUAAGAAAGGAGACAUCUUGAGAAUCCGGGACAAGCCUGAAGAGCAGUGGUGGAAUGCGGAGGACAGCGAAGGCAAGAGAGGGAUGAUUCCAGUCCCUUACGUCGAGAAGUAUAGACCUGCCUCCGCCUCAGUAUCGGCUCUGAUUGGAGGUAACCAGGAGGGUUCCCACCCACAGCCACUGGGUGGGCCGGAGCCUGGGCCCUAUGCCCAACCCAGCGUCAACACUCCGCUCCCUAACCUCCAGAAUGGGCCCAUAUAUGCCAGGGUUAUCCAGAAGCGAGUCCCCAAUGCCUACGACAAGACAGCCUUGGCUUUGGAGGUCGGUGAGCUGGUAAAGGUUACGAAGAUUAAUGUGAGUGGUCAGUGGGAAGGGGAGUGUAAUGGCAAACGAGGUCACUUCCCAUUCACACAUGUCCGUCUGCUGGAUCAACAGAAUCCCGAUGAGGACUUCAGCUGAGUAUAGCUCAACAGUUUUGCUGACAGAUGGGAACAAUCUUUUUUUUUUUUUCCAACUGCCAUCUAUACAGUUUUCUUACAGAUGUCAAAAGCAGUCUAGUUUAUAUAAGCAUUCUGUUACCUGUGAUCUUUUUUAGACUGAACUACUCCAUUCCUAGUCUUACUUACCAUAUUCAGGGUACGAACUGGAGGGUUUGUGUGUUAGCUUCUGAAUUGGCAAUUGGAGGAUGUAGUGGUCAUGCCUGUGUGUAUCAGAGGGGAUAGGUAUCUUGCUUCCUUUCUCUCAGGCAAUGCAAAUCACCCUGUGGAAAACCGAUGGACAGGAAGGAGUGUUACACACUGCUUACCCUGAUUGAUUCAGUGGUUUUGUUUUCAUUCUGGAACCAUACUAUCAAAUGGCGACAGACUGUUCCCUUCCACCCCUGUGAAGUAAUCAUGCACCGUGUGAAUAGUAUCAAGCAGGAUUGCUUUCAUUGUAUGGAGCAUGACCAGCGUAUGACUCAUUCUGACAUUUCAGAUCCUAAGAAUUCUAAGAACACUACUAGCCGGGCGCGGUGGCUCACGCUUGUAAUCCCAGCACUUUGGGAGGCCGAGGCGGGCGGAUCACAAGGUCAGGAGAUCGAGACCACGGUGAAACCCCGUCUCUACUAAAAAUACAAAAAAAUUAGCCGGGCGUGGUGGCGGGCGCCUGUAGUCCCAGCUACUCGGAGAGGCUGAGACAGGAGAAUGGCGUGAACCCGGGAGGCGGAGCUUGCAGUGAGCCGAGACUGCGCCACUGCACUCCAGCCUGGGUGACAGAGCGAGACUCCGUCUCCAAAAAAAAAAAAAAAAAAAAAAAAAAAAAAAAAAAAAAAAAAAAAAAAAAAAAAAAAACACUACUAGAA